AUGUCAGUCCCUCCCGCAUCAUGGCGGCCGCCCACGGUCGAGUUUAAGACCUCAAUGGGCACGAUGGUCUUUGAACUGUAUUGGGAUCAUGCGCCCAAUACGUGUCGCAACUUUGCUGAACUGGCUCGCCGCGGAUACUACAACAACGUGGUCUUCCAUCGUAUCAUCAAGGACUUUAUGCUGCAGACGGGCGAUCCUACAGGCACUGGCCGCGGUGGCCAGUCCAUCUAUGGCGAAAAGUUCAACGACGAGAUUCAUCCGCAGCUCAAGCACUCGGGUGCUGGCAUCCUUUCCAUGGCCAACAGCGGUCCCAACACCAAUGGCUCGCAAUUCUUCAUCACACUGGCACCUUGCGCCUGGCUUGAUGGCAAACACACGAUCUUUGGUCGCGUGCAGUCAGGCAUGCGUGUGGCCCAACGCAUGGGCUUGGUGGAGACUGACCCCAACGACAGGUUUGUCCCCGUUUUGCCGGGCCACACAUGCCUGCUACACGCCAACUGA